ACACAUCAUCCCUUCACCACAACAAACUAAAACAAACCCCAAAAAAAAAAAAAAUGGCAGUGGGAGAAGCAGCAGCAAUGGUCGAGCCGCAGCUAGCGAGCAACAUUAGCGACGGGAAUAAGAAGAGGGCAGCAGUGACGAAAGCGUCAACUUUGUCACCUUUAGCGACGGAGAAGAAGAGCAUUAGCGACGAGGAGGGACGGCGAGUGAAGAAGGCGAGGAAGCCGAAUGCGUACGACAAGAUCGCGGUGGGCAGCGUGGCGGGGGCCCACUUGCUGGCGAUGUGCGCGCCGUUUUGCUUCAGCUGGGGUGCGUUUUGGCUGGCGGCGGCGCUCUACGUGGCGACGGGGAUGUUCGGAAUCUGCUUCUCGUACCAUCGGAAUCUGGCCCACCAGAGCUUCAAGCUCCUCCCCAAGUGGCUCGAGUACUUGUUCGCUUACUUGGGCGCCCAUGCUCUCCAGGGGGAUCCAUUAACGUGGGUGAGCAACCACAGGUUCCACCAUCAAUAUACUGACACAGAGAGAGAUCCACACAGCCCCAUUGAAGGGUUUUGGCACAGUCACAUCAGUUGGAUCUUCGAUUCAGCCGCCAUUAGAGAGAAGUGUGGGAAACGAGACAACGUUGGAGACCUGAAGAGCCAGGCCUUCUACAGGUGGCUUCGUAGGACUUACGUCCUCCACCCACUGGGACUUGCCCUUCUCUUGUAUGCCCUUGGUGGACUGCCCUACAUCGUUUGGGGAAUUGGGGUGAGGGUAGUGGCCUUUUACCACGCCACGUGGUUUGUCAACUCGGCCGCUCACGUAUGGGGAUCUCGAGCGUGGAACACAAACGACCUGUCGAGAAACAACUGGUGGGUGGCGAUCUUGACAUUUGGGGAAGGUUGGCACAACAAUCACCAUGCUUUCAAGUACUCGGCAAGACAAGGGCUGAAAUGGUGGCAGAUCGACAUGACAUGGUACGUGCUGAGGUUCCUUCAAGCCAUAGGGUUGGCUUACGACAUCAAGCUGCCGAGUGAGCUCCAAAUGAAGAAGCUGGCCAUGAAAGACUCGAACCAGUACUAGCUGAUGAAGAAAAGUACUUUUUGCUGACGGUCGAAUCUCCUGGAGUAUACUGCGUAUAGUAUAGUUUCAGGAGUACGUCAAUCGUUAUCAUAUGUACAUUAUUGUACGCACACACUUGUUCGAUCGUGCUACGUGUUUGUGAUUGUCUCUUUAUUUUUAUUUUUUUUUUGUUUCUCCUCCUUAAUUUAUAGUGUUGUUUGGUCUCUAAUUUGAGUUUUUGUGUCUGGGUCUUAGUUUCACUUGUAAUAAUCCUGUGGGAGGGAAAUACUCUUGGUCUCGUGGAGGGUUUUCCACAUCCAAUGUGUCGAGAGGAUUUGUGGGUAAUCGUCGUAUAUAUAAAUGUAUGUCCAACAAAUAUGUAGUUGUUCUUCUCAUUGAGAAAUGUAGAUCACUUGUCAUAUGUCUAAACUUAUUAUUGUAUCAUAUCGUAUCAUUGUCGUAUAUCACCAUCGUCGCACUUCUCCUUCUUCACGAACAAUUGAUUUUUUUUUUUUCAAACCGUCACAAACUUAUAACCAGAGAAUAUACACAACUCAACCGAUCUUUACUCAUAGACGAUAUAAGUAUUUAGCGGUUUUACUUUUAGAGUGGGAAGUUAAUCACUAUUUCCAUCAAAAUGUUAGAAAUUUCAAAAACCGAAAGUCAAUGGCAUAAAGUAUUCUAUUCAUA